AUGCAAUUAAUAAAACCUAGCUGGCUUACCCAUUUAGAUAAUAAAAAUCAAAAAACUUCAAUUUUCUCAAUACACGUACAUCCCGACGGAACCAUAAUAGCGACCGGUGGUCUUGAUAAUAAAAUCAAAUUAUGGAAUACUUUACCUAUAAUUGAUGGUAGCAAAGCCCUCGAUCCCAAUGUUCCAAAUUUAUUGUGCACAUUGGGCUUACAUAAUGGUUCGGUUCUCUGUGUAAGAUGGUCUAACAGAGAUGGUCGUUAUUUGGCAUCUAGUUCGGAUGAUAAAAUUUUAUUCAUAUGGGAAUGGGACAAAUCAACCGAAGAUCGUAUCGGGGAAAGCGCUUUUGGAAGCGAUGAACCAAGCAUCGAGAAUUGGAAAACUGUACGUAGACUUACAGGGCAUCAAUCAGAUGUUGUGGAUCUUGCGUGGUCAAGAGAAAAUACUUAUUUGGCCUCAUGUGGAUUAGACAAUUUAGUGUUCAUAUGGGAUGGUAGAACAUUUGAAAGAUUGCGCAAAUUAGAUACGCAUCAAGGAUUUGUCAAAGGUGUAACUUGGGAUCCCGUGGGCGAAUACCUUGCCACCGAGUCAGAUGAUAAAACUGUCAAAAUUUGGAGAACAUCGGACUGGAGAAUACAAGCCGAAAUCAGCGAACCGUUUGCAAGUUCGACUUCAACGACAUUUUACCGUCGAUUAAGUUGGUCACCGGAUGGAUCACAUGUUGCUACUGCGAAUGGUGCACAGGGGCCCGUUCCUGUCGCUGCAAUAUGUAAUAGAGAUGAAUGGAAACCUGACGUAUCAUUGGUUGGUCAUGACUCUGCUAUUGAGGUGGUGUCGUUCAAUCCAGUUAUUUUCAUGAUACCCGAGAGUGAUGGUGCAAAUCCUGAUUCAGCUGGCGUUGGUAGUAUAUGUGCAGUAGGUAGUCAGGAUCAUAGUAUUUCUGUGUGGGUUACUCGGAAUGCGCGAGCUUUAUUUGUUUGUCAAAAACCUUUUAAUCAUAGUGUUUUGGAUCUAGCAUGGUCACCUGAUGGGAAGCACCUUUACGCUUGCUCGUAUGAUGGUACUGUGGUGGUCUUACAAUUUCUCAAUAAUGAAUUUGGAACACGAUUGCCAAUGGAAGAACAAGAAAAAGUUCUUACUAAGUGUGGAAAGAUCCCAUUAUCCUAG